AUGUCAUCGAGCCCAAUAACGUCAAUGGGAAUAUUUUAUAGUGAGCAAUCACUGAAAUGUGAAUUGUAUUUCAAUGAUCCCUGUGGAAAACAGAGUUUCGAAUAUAAGGAAACAAGGAACGAUCAUUUGAAAAACUUCGUUGAAUACCCGGAAGAAAUAAUCAAUAAUCAAACAGGUCUUGUCAAUUCCCUCAAUAUCAAGUACAGCGGACUUGAAGAAAACUAUACAAAGAACAAGUUGGACCCAGUGAUUCACCAGAUAUUCAAGUGUCUGGAAUCGAGAAAAGAACUUCUUCAAGUCAAAAGACUAUCGAUUGAUGCAGUUGAUAUGAGUCAGGCAAUGACAGUCGUCAAGUUAUUGGAUCCAUCGGUUUUGAAGAAAGUCGAAUUUUGUUUUGAAAAUAGAGAUGAGGAUAUCGAUAUAGAGGAUGCUCUGGCAUUAGUAGACUGGAAUGAAGGACAACGGAUGAAAUUGGUUUUCAAGUUGCACACAAUUCGCCCAGAAUAUUUGGAAUCUGUGAAAAAGUUUCUUCUACAUCUACCAACUUUCACUGAGAUCUUCGUUUAUUAUAAACAAUGUGUCAAUGAAAAUGCGUGUUUGGGAACAAUUAUGGAUAUUCCAAUGCAACAUGAAACUCCCGGUUCGAAGGAGAAGUUCUUUCAGUUCCGACUGUCACAUAGCCUAUUGUUGUCUGAUAACUAUCAUGUUUAUUUCUUAAGUGAUACUCAUCCAAGUGGAUAUAUUAAAAUUGGGUAUAGAAGAAAAAGAAGCUGGUUAUACGGGAAACAUGAAACUUCUGAGGACAGAAAUUUGUUGUGUCAGAAGGCACAAGAACAAGUUUUGAAUGACUUUGACGUCAACUUCAGAUAUCAGAAUACGUGUUUAGAAGAGUUGAAAUUCAUAUUCUCGUAUAUUGACACUCUUCGAAAGGAGAAAAAUCUGAAGCAAGCACUUCUCAAAAAUUUAUAUGCAAGUGGAAACAAUUAG